AUGACCCAACGCACAUAUCGGAUCGACAAUCGCGCGUCGGCGGCUUCCUCGCGAACCCCGCUCGCGCGGACCGUCACCGUCACCCUCAUCGCGUUGACCCUCCUCGCCCGACCCGCAUCCGCGAAAUGGUUGGGCGGUACCACGACGGCCACUGGGAAGACCGUGGGUGAAAGCAGGCAAGGCAACACCCGCAUCGUACAAGAAACCGGAGGAACGCCGGUGGCGACGCAGAUCGCGUACGAUACCGGCUCGAGCAACCCCCCAGAGGCUCACGUCGUCCUGCAAGACCACUCGGUCAUCCUCGUCCCGACAGAAAAAAGAAGAGCUGAGGGAUACAAGCCUUCGUACUGGGGCAAACCCACCAGCGUCUUCGCCAGCAUCAACUGGGGACACAGUUCCGGCGAAUUCGCUAUAGCGCAGGCUGCUACUAUGCUAUACGGUGACAAGGAUAUCGGCGACGAGGCAUUGACCGGCGCAGCGGCGAUGCGAAGCCAAAUGGCCUACGGUUAUGUCUCCUACCACGUCAGAAACGGCGCGAGCUCGACGCUCGGGGAAAAUCAGUUUUUUGUCACCGCCGGCUCGCACUACAUGCUCAACGGCUGCCCGAACUACAAGCCCGGCGAGACUUCCGAGAGCAAGAACUACGUCUGUCCCCGAGUCUCGAUCAACCCUGGAGAUUUCAAGUUCUCCAUCCUGGGCUUGCUGAGCGGCACACAAAUCAACAGCGGGCACGCAUCUUCGUAUGGCAACUACGCCGCGAGCACGAGCCCGCACUACCGCGACAUGGCAAACUACAAGUCGCUGGUCAUGACGUCUACACUCGAUAUCAGCAAUGUUGGCACUGCCGGUACCUCCCGUGCGGCUUGGGUUUCAUUCGCGAACGGCACCAAAGUCAAUUUCACGGACAUCACGCCCGACAUGGACUUGGCCGGUUGCAAGAUGCACAUCGUCAACACCGCCUCGACCACCGGUGAGAAGGAGAUCAUCAUCAGCUUCGCGCAAACCUACUCCACGGGGAAGUUCACGCGUAGCUACGAUGCCAUGGUUGCAGAAUUCGGCGCCUGUGCGCCAACUUGCGCGGCGGGGGAUGGAACCGGGGGUUGCUCGGGCAGUUGCUUUAUAAACGCCAUGCGCGACCUCACAGGAUUCGGCGAUUCCCCGGAAUCAUACCCCAUGAAUACUGGGCUCGCUGCCAAGAAGAUGGGCAAAGGCGGUCUGAGCGCAAGCGACGCGAGAAUCACGGGAAAUCCAAACCACCCAAGUCUUGCGGCCGCGCAGGAAACCCCCGCGACCGCCACCAAGGAUCUCCAAGGCCUGGCUGGAGCACCAACGCUUGCCGUGUCCGAGGUUCGAGCAGUGAAAAUUACCAUGCGUAAGCACGGCGGCUGCGAGGGUCGACCCGCGAAACCUGUCGCCGCUGAUCCUAGCGGCGAGCUUGGAAUUUCGUGGCCAGGCGCUCCCGUGGACUGUCCGUCGUUUUACCUCGCUUCUCUCUGCGACCCGACUAACCCGUCGCUUUGCAUGUGGAAUACCGAAUUUUUGGGGGCAUAUAAGGGAAUCCCGGCUGAGGACCUGUCCUUCUGCAAAGCCGGCGACAUGAACUGUUUCCUCAUCGACAUCCAUCUCGCCCUUGAGCUGGACGACGGCACCCGAACCGUGCUUGGUUCGCCCGAGAACGAUUCCGUGCGAGGAUGGCAAAAGGGAACAUUUUUCAUGUACGACCCCGAGGUGUCCGACGACCCCAACAAGCCGUUUCCCCCGGGAUACAACGCGAAUCUAAAGCCCGGAACCUCCGUCAUCGACGGGCCGCCGCAAAGAGGUGCCGAUGUAAAAGCAGCGGACGACGACACGUUCAUGUUCGGUCUGACCCUGCUCGUCUUCGCGGCGAUCUGCGCCGGCAUCGUGCUUCUGAUCGCGGUCCUGGUCUGUUGCGUCGUGUUGUCCAAACGCCGCGCCAGGAUCAAGGUAUCCGCGGAAAUAUCCACGAAGCCAGCGGGCAAGGACGUGGAGAAGGCGUGA